AUGGGGCUCCCAAAGUCCAAAAAUGCCGUCGGACUCGGCAACACCCUGAUGAAUGACCGCUUUGGGAAGGGCAAAGGGUCAGACAUGCGGAGGGGCAAUUUUCAACCGGGCGCUCAGCAGGGCAUCCAGCGGAAAGGACAGGAUGGAGAGACGUAUGUGACGAACAGCAAGAAGGAAGCGUCAUGGGUCAAGAUGCGCAGUGUGACGGAACAGGGCGACCUCGACGAGUUUCUCAGCACCGCGGAACUGGAAGGUACCGACUUCACUGCGCAGAAGUUGAACAGCGUCAAGAUCAUCCACCGCGACUCGAGAAAUCCGUAUUUGCUGACCGCCACGGAGGAGAGGGCGGCCGUGCGGAAGCAGAAUGCGAAUCGAGCCCGUCUGACGGUUCCGCGACGACCGGCCUGGGACGAGAAAACCACACCGCGAGAAUUAGACACGCGCGAGCAAGAGUCUUUCAUGAUAUGGCGAAGAGGUUUGGCAAGUCUACAAGAGUCCGACGAUUUGCUGAUGACGCCGUUCGAACGCAACCUGGAGGUAUGGCGGCAAUUAUGGCGAGUCAUCGAGCGGUCGGAUUUGAUCGUGCAGAUUGUUGACGCUCGAAACCCUCUCCUUUUCCGAUGCGAAGAUCUGGAGAAGUACGUCAAGGAGGUGGAUCCGGGCAAGAACAACCUGCUGCUGGUCAACAAAGCCGAUAUGAUGACGUCCUAUCAACGGAAGAUCUGGGCCGAGCAUUUCAAGAAAGCUGGCAUUAGUUUCCGCUUCUUCUCAGCAGAAUUGUCAAAAGAACGGAACGAGGCACAGAAGGACGAGGAGGAUUCGGAGGACGAGUCUUCAGAGGAGGAAGAUGAAGAAGAAGAAGAUAUCUCUGCCGAAACAGAGAAGCUGGAUAUUGAUUCUACGGAUGGAUCUAACGAGGCCCCUCUCGAUGGUGACGACACGGAAGAUGAUUCUACGAGGAUUAUUACCACCGACGAUCUCGAAGACCUGUUCCUCGAGAAUGCGCCCGAGCCGGAGAACGACCGAGAAGGACAAACCAAAAGGAUAUCAGUUGGACUCGUCGGGUACCCCAACGUCGGUAAAUCGUCGACCAUCAACGCCCUCAUCGGCGCCAAGAAGGUGUCGGUUUCAUCCACGCCUGGCAAAACGAAGCAUUUCCAGACGAUCCAUCUGAGUCCCUCGGUCAUCUUGGUCGAUUGUCCCGGUCUUGUGUUCCCCAACUUCGCAACCACCAAGGCCGAGUUGGUGUGCAACGGUGUAUUGCCAAUCGAUCAGCUCAGAGAGUUCGUCGGACCGGCUGGUCUGAUCGCGGACAGAAUCCCCAAGGAAUACGUGGAGUCUACUUACGGGAUCAAGAUCCCCACUCGUCCGCUCGAAGAAGGUGGAACUGGCACGCCGACUGCAAGCGAGGUAUUGUCCGCUUAUGCUCGCGCUCGAGGCUUCUUCACCACAGGCCUAGGACAGCCGGAUGAAUCGAGAGCGGCGAGGCAAUUGUUGAAAGACUACGUCAAAGGCAAGCUGCUCUUCUGCCAUCCACCUCCCGCGGACCCUCCGCUCAACGGCACCGAUUUCAAUCGAGAGCUGUACGAUGCGAGCUUCACUCGUGCAUCCGAAGCUCCUGUCGUCUCCGAAGAGGGCACCGAGACGGAAUCACUAGCACUGGAAUCACUGGACGAUCUGGACAUGGUUCCUAUCGGGAUGGUCCAAGGGCCCAAAACGAAGCGAAUGGAUAAAAAAUUCUUCGCUCGAGGCCAGGGUGCCACCACCGCUCGAGGACAGAGUGGUGCCGGUCAUCUGACCAUGCCGUUCAAUUACCAGUACACCGAACAGGGACAGAACUCCGCCAAGGGCCUCAGCGGGCGGAAGCAGAAGGCGAUGUUGGCGCUCGAAAAGGAUAUAGAUCCGGCGGAUUUGAGAUUGGACACGAAGAAGCACUUCAAGGCCAACAAACGCAAGGCGAAGAAGAAAGCCGACGACGAUUGA